UUCUCCAUUUCCUUCGUCUUCAAGUUCUCGGCCUGUUGCCACUGUUGCUCGUCGCUGCUCGGCACUUCCGUCACUACGGUACCAGAAAUGGCUCAAAUGGUUUGUGGUUCUUGUCGCCGCCUUCUUUCAUAUCCACGAGGUGCUAGACAUGUCAAGUGUUCCUGCUGUCAGACGAUAAACCUUGUGUUGGAAGCUGAUCAGGUUGGGCAAGUCAAGUGUGGAAGCUGUGCAGUUCUGCUAAUGUACCCGUAUGGCGCUUCACAAGUUAGGUGUUGCUCCUGCCAAUUUGUGACGAAAAUUGAGGAACACAAUAAGCGGCCCCCAUGGUCUGUACUGCAACUGCAAGGGAAACAUACUCCUCCCAAAUCAGUUACUUAGCAAUCUACUUAAUUAGAGGCAUAUGAGAACAAUCUAAGAAGAUUCAUAGGAGUAUAUUCUACAUGUGCAUGUACAUAAUAUAGACAGGGAUGUGAAUUUGUAUGUUGUUUUGCUCAAACUUCUGGCUGUAAUUCGUUGCAUGAGUAGAGAGUCAAGAUUUUCUUGAUAGGAACCCAUGCUCUGAGUAAAAGAAGUACAAAAUGGGAGGAUUGGGAGAGUAUGAGUGAAGGUAAAAUUUCUCUGAUGCUGCGACAGGUUUCACAGCCAAGGCUGUUGGCGAUGGUCUUACGAAGGAAGAGGAAGCUGCCCUGGGUAGGAAUAUAAAGAAGCUGAAAGAGGAUACUUUCAUGGAGGAAGGUAGUGGUUUGAACGAAGUUUACUUGGGAAACCUGCGAGAAAUAGAUAACCAAAUUAGUUAUUUAAAAACAGUUUUCUUACAAACUCCUACUUUUUAAUUAUUUAUAUUACUAAUCACCUUUAUUGAUGGCAUGUAUUGAAGUAAUUAGAAUCAAAAUUUUAUAAGAGAUGAAAAAAGAUUGAGGUUUCAAAAUUAUCUUUGAAA